CCCUCACAGAGCUCCUGUCAACAAACUUGCUUUAACUCUUGCAGAACCAUCUUGCUGCACUUUCAGCUUCAUCUAACUUUUUUUUCCAGCCUCAGCAUCACCUUGAUUGAAGCGGAAAGCCAACCAUGUCCAUCAUCGUCAAGGGAUUUCUGCUGCUGGCCAUCGUGGUCUGCAUCUCUUACGCCCAGGUAAAUGAAGCAGGACAGCAGUGUCUGUGUCAGCGUGUCAGGAACCGCAUGGAAAAAAGGUCUGAAAUAAAGGACAUCCAGAUCUACCAGGCUACCGUCCUCUGUAGAAAAGUAGAGAUUGUUGUUACCAACAACAACGGCCUUCGCUAUUGCCUGAACCCUGAUCUGAAAGCUGUAAAAAUGAUCGUGACCAACAUUUUAAGGAUUAAAAAGAUUGCACCCAUCGAUUCCACUGGUUUGACCUCUUCCACUUCACUCAAGCCAGAACCUCAGCCAGCUUCUGAUUCUUCUCUUCACUAGCUUGUUAACCUGUUAAACCAUAGGCGUUUUUUGGAUGGGUGAUUCGCCUAAACAGACCUUCCCAAAUUAAAUCAACAAUAAUUAUCAAGUCAAUAAGCAUAAUCUUGGUCUCAUUGUAUAGCUAAGACCCAACAAAAUGUAAUCCCAGUAUCAGAAAAAUUGUGAAUGUUAAUAUGUCUGAGCAAAUUGUGAUAAACCAGAGGAAAAAAAAAUUAUUUUUAUCCUCGCCUAAUUGGUUUUUAAUUUACACAGCAAAAAACAUCAUGAUAGAAAUGAUUCUAUGUAUAAAGAUGACUUUGCAUGCAUUCAGCAACACCUUGACUACAACUGUAUCAAGUUAGAUGAGAAAAGCUCAAAAAUAAUUGAUUUUAUUAAGGUUUUAGUUUGGAUAGUACCAGGCGGACUCUGUAUUUGGCCAUUUGCCAAAGUGUGCCACAUUGGUAUUUUACUCUUUGGAAGAGAAUCUGGCUACAAAAUACUGUGUGCAUACAAUUCACCAACUGGCCCUGGCAUUUAGCCAUUAUAUCAUCAUUUCCUACCACUGUGCAUAGUGUAUCAUGAAAUCAGUGCCAUAGUUAGCAUUAGCAUCGCUGCUAGCUUCAGAACUGGAUAUAACUGCAUCUCUGUGUUUACUUGAGACCUUCUAAGAGGUUGCAUUUAUUUUUUCAAGGUCUCUUGGACAUGCUGAUCACUUUUAGCCUUCUUGUAAAUGAGUAAGAUCUCUAAAUCUAUGAAAGAAAAAAAGAAUUUUGCAUAAACAGAGAUUUACUGUUAUGUAAAAUAUAUCUGCAGUUCUAUAUUGGGAUAUUGUGGGGACUAAAAUUAUGUUUGUAAAUCACUUGCCAAUAAAACAGUUAGUUGAUGAAAUGAG